UUUUUGACUUUGUAUCUGGCAGUGCCUUCGCUCUCUUUUGACGCAGCUGUGCCGCUUGUGCCUGAAUGUGUGAGAGCCAGUGGCAUGACAUUUAUUCUCACUUUCUGAGAGGGUAGCAAGCUGUGCGAAAAGUCGGCCCCCGUUGUCAUUUGCAGAGAGUGCGCUCCGUCACUGGCCUUAAGUUUGUUGUGACCCUUAUUUUAUUUCGCCGGCAACGAGUGUUUUGUUUAUAUUCGACCCCCGUUAGGGAUUCAAAUGACCAGCUGACAGGCGAAACAAUCUAGUUCUCCGGUGCUCCGGGUGUCAAAAAUAAAUGUAAAUUUAUUAAAUGAAUGUUGGAUUUGGAGCUGCAACACUUGUUGGCAGCAACACGAAAUCGCAGCAAGCUUCCAGUUGCAAAGAGCGAGCGACAGCAGCAACUUAUUCGUGCACGGCAGCAACAAGCGCCGGAAAAACCAGUUAAAUAUAUGAAUAAUCAUUGUAAAAGCGGUGCCACAAAUCGGAUAAAGCAUUUGUUAACAGAAUUCAGUUUCUAUUGAUGAAAUGAAUACGCGACGACGACCAAUUCCACCAUCGCCCAAUAUUUACGCGACCAAUGCCAAAAUAUGCCAUUUGGUGGCCCAACAUCCUUGUCUUUACGAUCGAUCCGAUGACAACUACAUGCGGAAAUCGACAGUGAAAAACGCCUGGAAGGAUAUAUCCAAAGAAACGCGAAAUUCGGUGAAAAGUUGCAAAGAACGGUGGCGCAACAUUCGCACCAGUUACGCCCGCUCAAUGAAGCUGCACCACGGUGCGAACACGUACUAUCUCAAAAGCGAACUAAAGUUCCUGCAGAAACACAUCACUCCCGGAGUUCCCGUUCCGCUAAGAGGACGCCGCAUAAGGACCAGGGGUCAGGAGAUGCAGGACCAGGAUGAUGGCGAGCACGAAACGCCCGUGGAGGCCUUCCUCGAGAUGAAGCAAUCGCCGAGCAGUCCAGGCACGGAGCAUGCGCAGAGCCGCGACAGCAACGAUACCGAAUCGGAGGAGUCCGAGGAUGAGAAGGGUUCCUGGCAGGCCCUAGCCAAAAAGCGUCUGCGUUUAUCCAAGGAGAGUCAGGAGGAGGCCAAGACAUCCCACAAUGAAGAACCAGCGCCUAUCAUCGAUUUCGAUGACGCAUUCCUGCAGGGCCUGCGUCCGGAAAUCAAACACAUGAACUUCCACCAAAAACUGUACUUCAAGCGUCGUGUUUACGAGCUGCUCGGCGAGAUAUUCCAUUCGGAGGAGUCCGCCUCGUCCGGCCACCCACCGCAGCGGCAGUUCCCGGAAAAGGUCAAUGGGACACUACCCGCAACCUCACCCUCGUCCUCAUCCUCGAAUCCUCUGCAGCACUUGGGACUAACGUUGCAGCUGCCAAAGCUGAUAGCCAAGACAGCCAAAGAUGUCUAACUUCCGAGGCUUGGAUCGACUGAUAUCGAAUUUAUGUACAGCACAUAGGACAAAUAAUAUUUUAAGUUGUGUUUAAACAUGUUCAGAGAAUGUACAAGCUAACUGCAUGGAGCAGUUAACAGUCUAAUAUGAAGUAAAUAAAUUAAUAAAACGAUUUUAUAAAA